AUGCGUUGCAAGAUCUUGGUUAUGGUUUUCGUAUUGAGCGUCAUUCUUCAGAGCUUCAGAGCUUCAGUGAGCUCAGAGGUAAUCAAGAAAUGCGACAAUCGCCAUAAGCCAGGAAACUGCAAGCCCUGCAAAAUAAAUCACAAGUCGAGCAGUAUUGCCUCGAAGGCGGCUACGGAGGCCAAAAGCGCCAAGGAUGCGCAACCGAGUGCCGGGGAGAAGGCCGGAAACAGGGAUAAGACACAGCUGGCUGAUAAGGCGAUGGCUGCAGCGAAGGCUGCCGAAACGGAACUCGCUGGCAAAAAGCAGCUUGUGCAGGCUCUCCAGAACAGUCUUGGCAACAUCAAGCAGGUCAUCAAGGAAAUUGAGAAGGCUACUGCCAGCAGUUCUUCUGUAGCUACAAUGGUCAGGCGGAUUCAAAACACCAACAAGAAAAACUACGCUAUGCUGAAAUCUCUGUACGAGGAGGUCCAAGAAAAUCUAGCGAAAAUUUGCACCGUGGCAGAAAAUGCGCAACGGGAGGCGAUGGAGAAGCGCAAACUGCUUCAAACUGCCAAGCGCCGGGUGCACUACCUGAAGAAGUGUAUGAAAGAGGUCCUGGCUGAUCUCGAAGCUACCAGGGCAAGCGCCAAGAAGGCAAACUCUGCCGCCAAACAGGCGCAACAGCGAAUCGAUACGAUGGAAGAGGCAGGUGACAGGCUGAGGACUCUGAAAAGGAGAGAUCUGCAAUCCCUGAGGCGAAAAGGGGGAUUUAAGAACUAG